AUGUCGCCUGCAGCUGGCCGCGGCUUCCUCCCCGCGCCCGCCGGGCAGCGCUCCCCUCGCGGCCGCCGCCAAGGGGCCGGCUCCAGCCGCCCGCCCGCCUCCCUCGCCCGCCCAGCCGGGACGGCACCGGCGGCCGCCCCCCGCCGGCCUGCGCGGCCCUCCCCGCCGCUCCCCGCCAACGGGGCCUUGGGCCCGCGGCCGCCCGCGCCCUGCCGGCGCCGCGGGCAGCGCCCGGGCGAGAGAGCGAGUGCCCCCGCGGCGUUCCUCAGCCGCGGCGCGGGGCUCGGCCGCCUCCGUCUCCUCGCCCGCCGCGGGGCCCGGCGGCGCUGGUCCCGUCACCCUCCCGGCGGGGGUGGUGCCGCGCCGCCGCGGGGAGCUCCGUGCCCUGGCGGGGGCCGGCCCGCCCGCCUGCGCGCCGCCGUGCGAGGGGAGGGGAGCGACGCGGCGGGGGGCGCGCUCAGGCCGCCGCCACCAUCUUCCUCACGGGGGGAUUUGGGACGGGGAAGGGGGGGGGGGCUGCGGGUGCGCGCUCCCGCUGGCCAAUGGGGCGCGGCGCCGCGGCGGGAGCGCGCAGUCCCCCCGCCCCGUUCCCGCCCCCCCUCUUCCCGGCCUGAGGGGCGCGGGGAGGGAGCGGCCCCCGCGGGCACUCGUGGCCCCGUCCCCUCCGCGGCGGCAGGGGGUCUGUCCCUCCGUGAGGCAGCGGCCGGAGAAGGGCUGACAGGGACGGGACGGCGCGGGAUGACCCGCAGCCGGGCGGGUCCCUCAGAGUGGCCCCCCGCCCCGCGGCUUCUCCCGGGCGCUGCCCCCCCCGGUCCGCCGGCGGGUCCCGCUGCCGCCCUGAGGGCCCUGGUUGUUCCCGGGGGGGCCGGGGAGCCGCCGCUGGCACGGCUGACAUUUGCCAUGCGCAAACAACAUGCACUCCAGCAAACAAUUCAGCCGUUCCGCAUCCCGCCGGACACUCGCGGGCUGCUUUUUCCUCCUCUUCCCCCCUGUUUUUUUUCCUCGCUUGUUUAUAACUGACGCGAUCCCGCCUGCCGCCUCCCUCAACGUUAUUAUCUCUUCCUCCCAGGCGGCCCGUAUCUCCCUCCCUCGCAGGGUCCCUCCGCGGUCGCCUCAGCCUCUUCCCGCCCUCCGUCCCUCCCCCGGGCUCAGGGUGCUGCCCCCCAUCCCCCCGGACCCCGGUCCCUGAGGCGUGGGCACGGCCGGGCCGCCCGGGACCCCCCCGGGUGCCGCCCCCCCGCCUGCAGCAGCGCUCCGCAGCAGCGAGCCCCUCCGCUGAAGACGGCAGCGUUCGGUAUCACUGCUCUGUAACCAUGCCGAAAAAUGUGUUGGUUUUUAUUAUCAUUGUUAUGAUGAAGAAGACGACUAAGAAGAAAUUUGCAUUUCCUGAGGUAUUUGAUACCAAAAUAACCUGUAAUAAAAAAAGUCUUUUAGCAAUAAUUGUUUUGGUUGUGCUGUGACGUACCAGUCUCUUAAAUUGCAACUACUGACUCAUCUGAUCAAUAUUUCAUCGGGAACGCUGCUCGCCAUGCCGCUUUUCCAUAGGGAUCGUUAGGGAGGAGGAAAUCCCUGAGCUGACGGGGCAGAAGGUAUGGAUGGCCUCCCAGGCUUGCCUAUUAAUUGAUACAUUUACUAAGACAUCUUUGCGACCUUUUUAUUGAUUAUCUUAAGUGCACUUUACGUUACGUUUUUACUUCAUAAAGGAUGACGGAUUUAUUUAAUUUGGAGGAUUAAAUGUGACAACUUCCAAGGACUCAAAGACACUGUAGAAACUUGGUGGAAAGAGGAUAAAAGUUUUUUAUGUCUAUGGCAAAGAAUUUAAGGUGAAACUACCUGUGUUUUUAACUUUUUUUAUGUAAACCUGUAAGAUUUAUCUUGUUGUAGAGGUUGGGUGAUUUGAACAGAAGAGGUACUGAAAUUCCAGCAUCAAUUUUUUUAGCCUUGCUUUAUGAUAGCACUAAAUUAUUAUUAUUGCUUAUGACAGCCUUACUCCACAGCCACUCUGGGUCAGCUGCAUUUCCUUAACACCCUUCCAAAAACUGUAGAAACUACAAAGAGCUAAAAUGGGGGCAGGGAAGAGGGUAAACAGGAAAUAAUUUAAGCCCUUAUUAUUUCUAAGUAAAUCAGGAUGUCAUUGAAAAGAACACCAGAGUACAUUUUCCUCCAGUUGAAGAUGUGAGUUUUCCCUCUAGUAUGAACAAAGUCAUGAUUUCAUUCAGUUCCUUUGGUCCAGAGUGAUUAAGAGUGCAUGGGCAGUAAAUAAAUAAAUCAUUGUUUGCCUAGAGUGUAGUAAAAGUUGAGGGCCUUCAAAUUGGUGUUUAUUACUGAAACUUGCUUGGAUAGUCUUUAAUUCAAUUUUCACCUAAAAUAAAGAUGUGGGAUUGUACCUUCGUUCAAAUUAAAACUGUUAGGCAGCGGUUUGUACAGUUGUACGGAAGCGUGCAAGGAGGUGGCAGCUCAGGUGUGCGGGUGCUGCACAGAAAGAGUUCACGUGCACAAGUGUGCACACACAGUCAGAGGAGAGAGCCCGCUCGUGUGCAUCUCCCCUGUUUGCACAUGGAAGAGACCGAGGCUUCGGGCACAGAGAUACAUGAACGCGGGAGGCAGAGGACCCGCAGAAGCAAAGCUCAGGCUGAGAAGUGAGAGAAGUGUGCCUUGUUCCCCUGUGCUCAAUAAAGCAGGACUUUGUGUGUUCUUAGAAGCAACAGAAUCACAUCAAAGAUACUGGCUGCAUCACAAGCUUUGACUGAGUGACCCACAUGAUCCCAAAUUUUGUCUGGCUACUGGUCAGACACAGCUUUUGAUCUCUGCUAAUGAAGUAGUCUCCUCUUUCCCAGCUUUCAUUUACUGGUUCGAAGGACAGUGGAAUGGGACUGAAGAAGACAUCCGACUUGUCAAACCCCUCCUUUGGUAAGCUUCAGAUUGUGAUUUUGAGAUUGUUCAGAAUCCUUGCUCUUCCAAGGAAGCUCCCACUAGGUUUGUUACCCAUAGACUUCCACCCCACUCCUCCUCUUGAUCUUUUGGGUGAUAAUGUCACCCAACAUUCACCAGCCCAGCUGUUCCCCAGCUUCCUCUAUCAUGUUCUGUGGAAAUGUAUGCUGUGUAUGCAGCAGGGAGAACAGUUAUCUUGUGUUAGCUCUGUACUGGCUGGGAAAGACCUAAUGCUACCUCCCAAAAGACUGAAUUUUUUAAAUUGAGCGUUAUGUCACUGGCACUAUUCUUUCACUUUGUUUGUAUUGUGAAGAUUUUUCUCCAUUGAAUUAAAGCAGCAGAUUAAAUACAUGUAAGCAGUAA